AUGUCAUCCCCUGAGCAAAGUGAAAUGAGCCAGAAGGCACAUGUAGACAGGUAUGCCCAAUUUGUUUUAAAGCCCCAGAAACCCAUUCAGCCUUACAUCUGCUCGACUCUGAGUGAUUUUCAAGAAGAGAGAGACUUUCUGGCCGACUACAUCUUUCCUCAGCUUAACGAACUCUGCAAUUCCCGGGGCACGUAUUUCAAAGCCGUGGACCUGAGGUGGUCAGCGUUGAAGGCCCCGCCACCCUCACCCUCCAACCUGUUCAGACAGCAUUCUUGUCUCCACUCCUGGUAUCUGAAGCUCUGUCUCGACUAUGUGAACAGCUGUUUUCCUUUCUUCAUCUGCAUGCUGGGUCAGACGUACAGGGACUUCCUCCCUGAUCAUGUGCCUCUAAUGCUCUCCAGAGUGACUGACUUGUUCAGUUUAUCCACGGUAGAACAGAACCUCUACGUUGCUGCAAAAAAUGGUUAUCCUUGGGUCCUGGAGAAUCCCAACUACAGUUUGACGGAGUUUGAGGUCAUCCAAGCAGCAUUUCUGAAUGAGUCUCCAUUUCAGUAUUUUUACUUUAGGACUGGAACCAUGCUGCUGAAGACUUUAGAUGAGGAAAAGGAGGGGCUGUCCUCGGGAUCUCUGCUGACUGAUGAGGAAAAAUUAAGGAUUGGAAAGCUUAAGGCCAAGAUUAUUAGCAAAGGGCUCCGUGUCCGAUUUUAUAAAGAUCUCCACGAGUUGGGGGACCUGGUUUUCAAGGACUGGUCAGUUGUGAUAGAACAACUUUACCCAGCCACUUUAAUGAUCAGAAAUACAGACUACAAACACAACUGUGAACAUUUCUAUCAUGAAGAGUUCGUGGAGAAGUGCAAAGAGGUGUUUUCCAAGGAAUCAAACAGAACCUUUGAAAUCUUGGAAAGAUUUGCCUUACAGGAUGUGGGAUCUGAUCGUAACAGUGCUGCAGCAGGCUCUGGGUUAGAUGCUGUCCUCAGAAUAAAUCCUCUUCCAGUUGACAAGUCUAUUUUGCUGUUGUCUGGAGAACGUGGUUGUGGGAAGUCCACUCUGAUCGCCAACUGGGUGAAUUAUUUCAAAAAGAAAUAUCCGAGCGUGUUGGUGAUCCCUCAUUUUGUGGGCACCACCUGUGAAAGCAGUGACAUCAUGUCCGUGAUGCAUUGCUUCAUCACAGAAUUGCAGUUCAAAAACUAUGGUACUCAGCUUGAAACUGAUGUUCUUAACGAAGGCUCAAAUGUCUUGGUCUUUUCACUUCUUGUGGAAGUUUUCAUUGCUUCCAUCAAUUUAAAGCCAUGUAUACUUGUCCUAGAUGGAAUUGAAGAAUUGAUUGGCAUUUAUGGGAUUUUAGGACAGAAGGCAAAAGAUUUUUCUUGGCUGCCAUGCUCGCUGCCUCCUCAUUGCAAAUUCAUCAUGAGCACUGUCUCCUCCAGCCUGUCCUACAAGUUGCUAUGUGCUCGCCCAGAUGUGAGGACAGUGGACUUCAUUAGCAUAGGAGACAAAGAAGUGAAACUAAACAUCUUUAGACAGCAUCUCUCCAUUCCCAACAAAGACCCCCUCCAACAGAGCCAAUCCACUUUGAGGAAAAAAACAAACCCGAAUCCUUUAAAACUCACGAUCCUAGCGAAUGAACUCAGAGAAUGUAGAAUCUACCGAGAUGAGUAUCAGUGUCUGAAGGAGUACUUGGAGGUGGUGUCUGUUCAGGAGCUCUGGGAAUUGAUUCUGAAACGCUGGAUUGAGGACUAUAGCUGGACUUUUACGCCAAAAAAGGCAAAUUCAGACACGGUGGCUUUAGGAGAAGCACCGGAUGGCUGGGUGGCCGACACUCUGUGCUUUUUGAGCAUCUCACAUUGUGGAUUGGCCGAGGAUGAGAUAUUCCAGCUUUUGGGCAUGCUGGGCUACAGGGAUCACUACAAAGUGACCAUGUUGCACUGGGCUGCCCUCCGCAAUGCCAGCAGACAGUGGGUCCAGGAGAAGCCCAGUGGCCUCCUGUACUUCAGGCACCAGUCCCUGCGGAGUGCUGUGGAGCACAAGCUUCUUGGUGUGGUCACUCCUGUCAGAGAAAGCCGUCCAUAUACCUUUCAGAACCCAACAAAUCACAAGAAGACACAUUUCCACCGAAUCUUAGUUCAAUACUUCCAACGGCAAACCACUUUCUGGAGGGUAUUUGAGGAGCUGCCGUGGCAUUUGAAAAUGAGUGGCUCCUGGGGGGGUUUGUGCAGCUUUCUGUCAAGUCCUAGUAUCACAGAUUCUGUAUCGAAGAUCCAAAACCUGAGCUUCUGGACAUGGCUGCACCUCAUCCACUACUGGAAUGUGUUAGCAGAAGUCGGGUAUGAUGCUGCUGGGGCCUAUUUACUCACAGUGGCCAAGGUUAAAGCUGAGAAGUGCCAUAAAAUGAGGAAGAGACAUACACCGUCCGUGCUGGAAUGCAGGCUGUUUGAGGUUACCACCAUGGACAAAUGCCGAUUAAUGUUCUUUAUUGCGAAAUUUCUGAAGCUUAUGGGCAAGAUCAAUGAAGCAGAAGGAUUAUUCUUGACUGUCGAGAACAUGUUAGUGCAGGACUCUGUAUUAGUGUCAGAAUAUAUAACUCUCAAUAAAGGAGCAAGAUGCUGGGCCUUUGCAGAAGGCAGAGUGCUGAACAACCUGGUAAAGUCAGCAAGUGAAAAGUACUUAAAAGAAAAUCAUAUUUUGGAAUGUGCUACUGAAACUUCCAGCUUUUUGGACAACAACCCCUGUGACCAGGCUACCAUGAAAUACACUGAAGGUGUUCUGAUAUUUGCUGCUGGAGACACGUCUCUUGCAAAAAUGAGACUUCAAGAAUGCUUAAAUAUCAGGAAGUUUGGUGAGAAAAAUAUCCUAGUUGGAGAAAUUAUGGAAUUUUUAGCAGAUUUACUAUCUUUUCUACCGGAAGAGAGUGAAAGAUGCCAAAGGAAGCAAGCAAUUGAAUAUUAUAAACAAGUGAUACGAAUAAAGGAAAAUGCAGGGACUUUCACCAAUUCCUCACUCGUCAGGAAGCAGCUGAGCAUUAGCCUAAGUGACACCUUGUGUAAAUUAACAGGUCAGUUAUUCAUAAAUGACUCCGGUCAUCACGUCAUGACUGAAGCAGUGGGCUAUCUGUACAGAUCACUUGACUUAAGGGCGACCUACCUGGGAUCUUCUCAUUCGUCAAUCCGUGGAAUCCUGCAACUUCUGAGGGAAAUUGAGCGGAUCAGGAGUAGAAGAUGUUGGCCUCAAGGCAUGAGUCAGCAAUAUUUCGAGGGUUCUAGGAAUGGCACCUCAUUAUGGGAGUACUUGCUUAAAUUAGACUACCACAGUGCUCAGAGUUCUAAUGCAGUGAGCUCUGCGAUAUGCAUGAAUGCACAUAACCUACAGAGAGUUAAAAGCAUGGACUUGGCACCUCAUAUAAUUUCAGAGAAAUCAAAAUGUGCUUCUGGAAAAGGGAAAAAAGUCUCGAGACCCAUCGUUUCCAUUUCUGUUGAGGAGAAGACCCGACAGAAGACACAGGAUAAUGUGGAGCCAUGGAAUGGCCCAGGAAAAGGAGGUUCAAUGAAAAAGAAAGAUUAUUCCUCUAAGGUUUUAUCUUUGAGUAAAAUGGAUGGUGUAGUAAAGGUUUCACGGCAAAAGGUUUUCUCAGCUAAAGGUGAGGGUGGAAAAGGCCAAAUCACCACAAUUUACCGGCAUCCCUUGGCAGGAGGGUCUCUUAGCACAAAUAAUCCCUGGGAAUCCAUAUCUGAGCUCAUAUCAGAAAAGUGGCUUUUUCAUAGCCCAGAAUACAGUUCGGUUCCCCAGAAGAGUUUUUUGCAGGGAAGAUCUCAGUUUGAAACCAAAUUGUUGAAGACCUCAAAUGAUACUAAUAAAGUAUAA